AGAGCCAGUGUGCGUCACCGUGCCGCCUUACAGAAAGCCGCGCCGUGAGAGGAAAUGGCCAGUCAGUCAAUGGAGAUUGUAGCAAAGGUGCUGGAGCAGCAGGUGCUGCAUUCAGCACGGCUGGUUGAGGAGCAGCUGGAUGCUGAGCUGGAGAAGCUUGAGCAAAUGGAUGAGGAUGAACUGGAGCGUCUUAAAGAAAGGAGGCUGGAGGCCCUCAAGAAAGCCCAGAAGCAGAAGCAGGAGUGGAUCUCUAAAGGCCAUGGUGAAUACAGAGAGAUCCCAAGUGAGAAAGACUUCUUUGCAGAGGUCAAAGAAAGCAAAAAUGUGGUUUGCCAUUUCUACAGGGACUCCACUUUCAGAUGCAAAAUUUUGGACAAGCACUUGAAUGUCUUGGCAAAGAAACAUCUGGAGACAAAGUUCAUCAAGCUGAAUGUGGAGAAGGCUCCAUUCCUUACAGAGAGACUUAGGAUUAAAGUCAUCCCAACGUUGGCACUGGUGAAAGAUGGGAAAACUAAGGACUAUGUAGUAGGCUUCACUGAUCUAGGUAACACGGAUGAAUUCUCCACUGAAGUGUUGGAGUGGAGACUGGGCUGUUCGGACAUUAUCAACUAUAGUGGGAAUCUUUUGGAGCCACCUACAGUUGGGCAGAAACCAGGGUCAAAGUUUACCAAGGUGGAGAAAAAAACGAUCAGAGGGAAAGGCUAUGACUCGGACUCCGAAUCUGACGAUGAUUAAAGAAGACGAACAUUUCCGUUUUUCUCAGGGCUUCUUACAAAAAGUACUAAGUCUUGUAGAACCAAUUUGGGUUACUUGUUUGUCUUUUUUUUGUUUAUUUGUUUUUAAUUUCAUAUUUAACAUGUUUGUUUUCCUUUGACAAGCUAAUUAAAUACUACUGCAUAUUCCUUUAUAUACAUUUUAUGUAUACAAAGGCACCUGGAAUCAUUAAGAGUUUCACUAUGGAGUGAGUCUUACUGGUUUUGAUUAGCACUGUCAUGCAAUAAAUUAAAAUAUAUAUGACUGACAGAAUUAAAACUCUGCCUCCACUUGAGCAGUGGCCUAUAUGGCUUUCUUAGAGCUAUUAGCAUAGGUGUUUUUCCUAGCAGGCAUAAGUUUUCUACAUUUUGGCAAAAACAGUAUGUUCAGUCAUUCUGGGGAAAAAUGGCCUUCAUUUGAAUCCUGCUUCAAAAGGGCAGUGCUGAUGCCAGAUUAAUGGUGCAGCAGGUCCAAAUGAUACCAUGUUACCUAGAAAUCAAGGGGUUGUUUGUUGUAAUAAACCCAAUAUCUGUUCUUAUCUAUAUCAAGUAAUUAUAUGUGGUUUCCUGUGUCUGAUGCAGGAAUUAUUUAUGUAGAGGGAAUGUCUUUUAGUAAGGUCACAGAGAAAUCUAAAAUCAUGGUGUGAACAUUGGAGGUUUUAAUUUAUUCUGAUUGUUUUAAUGUUCAGCUCAAGGGGAGUUUGAUCAUCUAAUGUAGUGGUCACCAGCCCUCGUCCACUUACCAGCACCUGCCAACUACCACUUCCUUUAUCUAACACUAAUACAUCUAAUCCAGCCAAUCAAGGAAGAUGUUUAUUAGCUGGAGUAGGUGUGGUAGAGUGUAGCUGGAAUGCUCUGUACAUUUGUCUUCCUAACUUUUACACACCUAGUCCAGAACACAAGCAACUUUUUAAUUACCUGAAUGAAUUGCAUCAGGUGUGUAAAUAAAGGAAAGUACAAAAAUGUGCAUAGUGUGGAGUCACCAGGUUUGGAAACUCCUGAUGUACAAGACCAGAGCUGGUGACCACUGAUCUAACAAGUGCCAAGGAAGCAAAAUUUCUGGAAAUUACCUCUUUUUGAUCUGUGUGAAUGGAAGUGCACCACUUAUUUUCUAACAGUAAGUGAAAACUUAUUAAAAAGAACAAAAAACAGAA